AUGGUUCGUUCCAAAGUCCAUUACCCUUCUUACUAUGAAUUUUGCAUUUAUGAAAAAUCGGCAUAUAAAGAGUUGAUUAAAUCAAAGAUUGUCCAGAACAACCAUUAUGAAGCUUCAAUAAAAAGAGUAAAUAAAUGUUAUGGUAAUCUUCAAACAGAACUUGAUGGAAAUGUAAUACCUGAAAGUGUUAAAUUAGUAUCCAAAUACAGAGAAGAAGAGGUUAGAGUUUUCGAAAGAAUUAUUGAAAUCAUUCAACCAGAUGAAUAUGAAGAAUCUGAAGAUUCAUCAUUUCCCUUUACUGAUUCAAUGAGUGCAGAUGAAAGAAGAAGAGUAAUAACCUUAACAUUUUAUUUGAAAAGAAUACUUUCCAUUAGAGAGCUUUCAUGUUUUGGUGAACAAGCCAGAUUCAAAGCCAGUGGCAGAACUGCACUUCAGGUGUAUUCUGAAACAACUGGCCUUACUUCCAAUGCAGAAAAUAUUGAACUUUCGUGUGCUUGUUUAAAUGGGGAAGCAUUUUAUCGUAAAUCAAAUCCAACCAUCUCCAUUACUCCAGAGUCUACCAAAAUCAACAAACUCACAUGCCAUGAUUUAGCAGGUCACCAAUAUUGGGAAAAGGUUGAAGAGGAAUUUUUUAAUUUUAUUGUCCAGCAAUCGUCAGAUGAUGAUGCUCCAAUUUAUAUAAUCGCUCACAAUGAAAAGUAUGACAGAGGUAGAAUUGCCUUUCAUUUAACAAAAUCAACUAAAGCUUUAGAAUCAUCAUUCCAUAAAACCAUUAGCAGAAUUAAAUAA